UGGGAGGGAAUGAAUUGAGGGAGUUUCUUCAUCUUGAUCAGGCUACACUGAAGAGCUGACGUCAAGGAGACGCACCUUAAAACCAAAGAGCGCAUCACAGGGAGACGCAUGGGUAGAUCACACACAAAUGUGCUAUUGGCCAACUGAGACACACCAGAGGCUGCAGCAGCUGGAUGAGAGAGGCGGAACCGCGACUGAAGCCCAGAAGUUUCUUUCCAUGGUUCUUUUUUUAAGCUUGUUGCCAUGAAAGUCGCGCGUAAAAAUCUGCGCGCUCCGGCUUGGAUAGGGUGCUAGGUGAUUUAGUGAUGCUGAAAAGUGGAAAAAAUCCAAAUGAAGUAGUGGGAUUGGGGAAGCCUGCGUGUUGCACGGAUGCUGUUGGAUGUCUCUGUGCGGUUUUUGCUCCUACUUUUCUUCUUUUUUACCCGAUUUGAGCCAUGGCUUACUCACAAUUAGGAUACUCCUACUCCACCACACCGCAGUUCCUAAUGAGUUCUGGUUCUCUGGCUGGAGCUGCUCCGACACACCCCGCGCUGCGCUCUCCGAGCCACCAGUUCACUCCUGGAGGAAGCAUCGGACUCUACAGCGGCCCUUAUCCAAAGAGCCAAAGCUAUUACAACUCCUGCGCCAGCGACGCAGCUGCUCUCUACUCCAGGGGGGCACUGGAUCCCAAAGAAGGUGCCUCUGUGCGAGUCGGGACACCUCAGACCCCUGCCUACUAUCCUUAUGAAUACACGUUUGGCCAGCAUCCCUACGACAGAUAUGGGUAUUCCUGCUCAGACAGCUCCUCACGUCGUAAGAAUGCCACUCGGGAGACCACCAGCACCCUGAAGGCUUGGCUGCAGGAGCACCAGAAGAACCCCUACCCAACCAAGGGUGAGAAGAUCAUGCUGGCUAUCAUCACCAGGAUGACCCUCACACAAGUGUCCACGUGGUUCGCUAACGCACGCAGACGACUGAAGAAGGAAAACAAGGUGACGUGGUCUCCACGGGCUUGUAAAAGCUCUGAUGACCGAGACUGUGAUGACAACAGCGGUGAAGCUGAGAAGACACAAAAAAGUGACUCACACCUUCCAGAUCAACAGUGUGCAGAUCUACAGAGUGAUCAGGAGGACUUUGACCUCCUGGAGUCCGACACAUCUGACAGCGAUCCUAAGUCACAGUUUCUCCAAGAGGAUACUGAAUCCAACCCGAGCUCUGCACAGCACUCAGACCCACUGCAUGGACAAGAGAAACCCAUCUCAGAAUGCUUCAGACUAGCAGCAGUUCAGCAUCCGAACAACUCCUUCUAUAUUCACCCAGACACUAAACCCAAAAUCUGGUCCAUUGCUCACACGGCUGUGCCUCGGGAAGCCAGCUUGCUGCCAGAGUACCCUGCCUGCAUGCUGUCAUCCACCAGGUCCGCCUCUCCAGGGUACCCAACAAACAUGACUCUCACUAAGGGAGACAGGCAACAGGAAUCACCCGUCGCCACGCUCAGAGAGUGGAUGGACGGAGUUUUCCACGGUCCUUCUUUCCACCAGCCCAAACCAGCAGAAGUGUGGAAGGGCUUAAAUGAAACCAUGACAGAACAGCAGGACACAAUCCUUUGAACUCCUCCAAUCUGCACUGUCUUUGUAGUCCAGAACAUCAUCAUCAUCAUCAUCAUGGGACCAUUUGAUUUUGGGACUGAAACCUUUGUUUCACUGAUUUGACAACCUGACUGUUUGCUACGUUUCAUCUGCUAAAGUAGCUUAGCAAGAAUUUGUUCCCAGAUUUUUAAAAACAUAAUUUAAAAUACAAUCCUUAAAAUCCAUGGAGUCAACAGAGUUAAAGGAAAGUCCUUAAUCUCUUCUAUCUUUCUCGUAUUUUUUAUAGCACAAAAUGGACCUUGUUCUUCAAAGUUACAGCAACACUAGUUUUGUGCUUCUCUCUCCUACUGGUUGAAAGUGGAACAACAGCUGUUGUAAACGACUUACAGCAUCCUGCUGUAGCUAUCGCUAACAGCAAGCUAACACUAAUACGAGCCAACUGAUACUAAAUAAGCCACUAAAUAAAUAAAUGGUUCCACAUUGUUAGAUGAAAAAUACAGUUAUUUACAACAGAGGUAGGUAACCCUGGUCUCGGAGAGCCGCUAUCCAGCACAUUUUAGAGGUUUCCCUCCCUCAACACAGUUGAAUCACUUGUUCAGCAGCUCAUCAGGCUCUGCAGAUGCAGGUUAAUUACCUGCUGAUUAAAAUGAGGCGUGUUGAACAAGGAAACCUCUAAAACGUGCUGGAUAACAGCUCUCAAAGACCAGUGUUCCCUUCCCUUGACCUACAAGUUCAGCAGCAACAAAGCCAGGUCACCAUCAGUCUGUGAUUUUGUAGCCUCCUUCAGCUCCUUCAAAUGAGAGUAACCCCGGCUUUCCACAGGAGCCGUCAGCAGCACGUUACUGCAGCAGCACGUCAUAGCUGCUGAUAGGAACCGCUGUGGUCAACAGAACCUUUUCCACUGGAGCCGUCAGCAGCGCGAGUCGGCCGCGUCUCAGGAGCAGCAUGUCGCGGCCUUUACACGCGGUUCUAUUUUCUAUGCGCGACGCCUCUGAAACGGGUCAAGUUCGACAUUUUUGGGGAAGGAAAGACAGGAAAUCGGACGUGGAAAUGGAGAGAAGCUACCGAGAUUUUCAGAAUAAAGAACGUACUGCCUUCCGGUUGCUUUACUUUUAAAAAAGUUACUAACUGUGCGGCCCCGUGAGA